AACGGAGCCUCGGCGGGCGGGCGGCCGGAGCGGAGCGGGGCGGUGGGCCGCGCCGGGUGGGCGGGCAGGGGCCGCGGCAGCUGCAGCCCCGAGCCAAGCCGAGCUGUCCGAGCGGGAGCUGCCCGGCCCGCGCUGCUGCUCGUGGCGGGGCGAGGAAAGGCAGCAGCAUGGCCAGCGUGCUGUCCCGGCGCCUUGGGAAGCGGUCCCUCCUGGGAGCCCGCGUGCUGGGGCCCCCCGGGGCCGCCCCACCCUCAGAGCCUCAGACUGAGCUGCUGGAAGGGGCGGCUCCCCAGCACUUCCUCGCCUCCAAGGACACGUCCUGCCAGGAGCAGCCCAAGGAAAUCCUCAAGGCUCCUGGCACCUCAGGCCUCCAGCAAGUGGCCUUUCAGCCUGGGCAGAAGGUUUAUGUGUGGUAUGGGGGUCAGGAGUGCACAGGACUGGUGGAUCAGCAUAGUUGGGCGGAGGAUAAGGUGACUGUCUGGCUUUUGGAUCAGAAGUUACAAAUCUGCUGUAAAGCGGAGGAGGUGUGGCUGGCUGAGCUGCAGGGCCCCGUGCCCCAGGCACCUCCUCCCGAGCAGGGAACCCAGGCACCAGCCUACAGGCCUGUCUCCAGGAACAUCGAUGUCCCAAAGAGGAAGUCCGACGCGGUGGAAAUGGAUGAGAUGAUGGCGGCCAUGGUGCUGACGUCCCUGUCCUGCAGCCCCGUCGUGCAGAGCCCUCCUGGGGCCGAGGCCAACUUCUCCGCUUCGCGAGCCGCCUGCGACCCGUGGAAGGAGAGCGGGGACGUGUCCGACAGCGGCAGCAGCACCACCAGCGGGCACUGGAGCGCCGGCAGUGGCCUCUCCACCCCCUCGCCCCCCCACCCCCAGGCCAGCCCCAAGUAUCUGGGGGAUGCCUUCGGUUCUCCCCAGACUGAUAAUGGAUUUGAGACCGACCCGGAUGCUUUCCUGUUGGAUGAACCAGCUCCACGCAAAAGAAAGAACUCCGUGAAGGUGAUGUACAAGUGCCUGUGGCCAAACUGUGGCAAAGUUCUGCGCUCGAUUGUGGGCAUCAAACGACACGUCAAAGCCCUCCACCUGGGGGACACUGUGGACUCUGACCAGUUCAAGCGGGAGGAGGAUUUCUACUACACGGAGGUGCAGUUGAAGGAGGAAGCUGCUGCUGCUGGCGCGCCCACAGCUGACCCAGCUCCCGCUCCCGGCAUGACCAGCCCGCCCCUUGCUCUCCUUCCACCUCCUCCUCCCAAAACCCAGUCCUCAGGCCCCGAACACCCUGGCCUGGAGUCUUACCUGCCCUCGGGUGCAGCUCUCAGCAAGUCAGCUCCUGGCUCCUUCUGGCACAUUCAGGCCGACCACGCGUACCAGGCCCUGCCGUCCUUCCAGAUCCCCGUGUCACCACACAUCUAUACCAGUAUUAGCUGGGCUGCCGCCCCCUCCACAGCCUCCUCCCUCUCCCCGGUCCGGAGCCGCUCGCUAAGCUUCAGCGAGCCCCAGCAGCCACCGCCCGCAGGGAAAUCUCACCUGAUUGUUACUUCCCCGCCCCGGGCCCAGAGCGGUGCCAGGAAAGCCCGCGGGGAGGCUAAGAAGUGCCGGAAGGUGUACGGCAUUGAGCACCGGGACCAAUGGUGCACGGCCUGCCGCUGGAAGAAGGCCUGUCAGCGCUUCCUGGACUGAACCUGUCCCGCCGGCCCGUCCUCUUCGCGCCCCGCCCUGCAGCCAGAUGACAAAAGACAGCCACGGCACAAGCCCUGCGCAGAAACCUGAAAGAUAAAGAGUGGACAUUGGCAGUUUGGGCUCUGUUGGCUAACGUUCAGUAGUUAAAACAUUUCCCCCUCCCUUUUGGGGAACACUUUAGUUCUUAAAAGAAGAAAGGAAAAUACGUCUCCCCGCCCCCCCCCCCCCCCCGAAAAAUAGGAGAGAGCCAAAACUGACCAAGGGUAUUCUGCAGUGAACCAGAGACCAAAGAAUUAACUACCCUCCCUUUCCCACGUCUCUCUCUAGGGGAUUAGUUUGCAUGUAUCAAAAGAUGGAACAGCUCGUUUCUGUUUCCUGCUGAGUUGGUGAAUUCUUUGCUUUCUCAACUCUUCCAGAAGGGACUGUGAGCAAGAUGAAUUUACUUUUCUUAAAAAAAAAAAGUUUCUGGCUGAUGAGUCCGAGAGCAGGACCUGCCGUGGGUAGGGUGGGAACCGUGGGUAGGGUGGGAAGAGUGGGGGGGAUCUGUGCACUUUUUAAGGUGCAGCCGGCCCCUCUUCACCCGAAUCCAGGAGAAGGGAGAGCCUGUUCUCACCGAGGAGCUUCUGUGGAAGUAAAAGGAAAACCCUUUCUUGAUGACAACGAUUUGUACCUGGGGUCCCUCAGCUGUUGGGUUGCAUCCCAACAAAUAUUGUAUGGCUUCUUCUCAAAGCCCAGACUAGUAGGUUUUUAAAGACUGUCCCCCAAUAGCUGAGCCAAAAGGCUAUAUGAAUUCACUUUUUGAAAAUGUGGCAGUUAAACACUACCUUGACCAUUUCCCCCUCUUUCCUUGAGGAAAAGCUGGAGGGUUUUAGUCUCUGUGGAAGCCCUCUGCUGUUACCUGAGUAAAUAAACUCCCUCUUGAUGUUCCUCCCUCCAAUUAUGGACAUGACACCUCUAAAACACUUUGUGUUCUUUCCCCGUGUAUUCAGAGAAGGCUUUUAUGGAAGUUCCCUUCCACUUGGGUGAGAGCCCCCUGUCGGCGCGCCCUGCGCAGGUCCCUCUGUCUCUAGUUUUACCAGUCCCUUUCCCUCCUAAGGCUGCAGUUAGGGCUGGUGCGGGGGAAGGGGGAGAGAGAGGCAAGAAGAGAGAGAAAGGUAAGUGGCAGCUUGUCCCUGUGAUGGAGAUGGAGUUGGCAGGUUCCCCAUUGUUCUGUUGGCUCCGAGGGCCCCGGGAGAAUCCGGUCUUCCUACUGAGGUGACAGGUAGGACAGGACUCUUCCAUCAGUGUCGGCGGCCUCUGGGUUUUUAUCCGUGUCGUCCGGUCCCCGUGAUGGGAAGGUCAGUUUGAUGGCGAGGAACCUUCUCAGGGCUCUGCUGAGCAGCGUUUCUGGCCUGCAGGCGGGAGGGGAAGGGUAAGAGAGCCAUGAGGAGCUCCUGUGAGGAGGGGUCGGAUCAGCAGCUCCUGGCGCUUCAGCCCUUGUUAUUUCUGGAGCCCUCAGGGAUCGAGGGGAGCCGGGAGUGGGGAUUGCGUUGCUUGGGAAGUAAAUCAGCAAAGCUAUUCUGGCUGAUGGGAAGGGAGAUGUGGGUGGGGCGUUUAGUGCCCUGCCCAUCUGUGCUGAAUUGAGACCAGGCCCCUGAGCCAUCAGGGGAGGGCUCGUCUUGUUUCGGAGCUGCCCUUUAUUUUAAGACUUGUUUGGGAGUUCCUCAGGCCUGCAGGAGCAUGGCCGGGGGUCCACCUGCCCCGGGGCACCAGCGCUUCAGGGGCUCAGGAAUCCCAUCAGGCCCCCUACCCUGGGGCUGGGCAGCAGCGUCUAUCCCCUGGCUGUCACCCAGGCCGUCCUCUUUCUCCCAGGUGGAAAUCCCCGGCUCUCGAGGCUCCUUUGGCCACUUUGCGUGGGAAUUGUGCAGGUGUUUGUCAAUCUGUGACACCCUGAGUGUAAGAAAGCCCACCAACCUUAGAUGUGUGUGACGGGUGAUGGUGCCCUGGUUUGGUGGCGGAGGGAAGGUGGUGAUGGGGUGUAUUUUAUAACUUAGUUAAAAAAAAAAAAAGUACGUGGAAUCUGUCCCUAAAGCCCAAAACCAGGCCAGCAAGAGGUGGCCCAGGGUUCUCCUUCCGCUCCCUUCCACCUCCGUGAGACUUAAGAGCUGACAGAAGGUUGUGCUUCCCUCCUUGUCCAUCUUCAGAUCUUAUCGGUGAGGGGAGGGAGCUUUUGAGAUGGGAGGACUCUGCCUAGCAGCGUCUUCCCCUCCCUUCUUAAUCACAGCUCUUGCUGAAUCUCUAGAAAAGCCGUCUUCAUUCCCCCCUUUCCCCCGCUCCCAGUUUAGACCGCGGAGCUCUAACUGGCUAUAAAGAUUUCCUCUUAAGUGAGGUAGGCUUCUCCUGUCAUUGGUACCCAGGGCAGCAAAGGAAGAGAGAAAGAAGAAAUGGAUGAAACAGUUUAAAAACUGAGGGUUUUUUUUUUUUAAAUGUUUUAUUUUGGUGCAGCUUUCCCUGCCUGUAUCUGCUCCUCGCUCCUUUUUGGUGGUGGUGGCCGCCUCUGGCCUCCGCCCUCCCGCUCCUCCAUCUUGUGGCCGUUGUGUCUGUCCUUGGGGUUGCCCCAGUUGUUUCUUCUUGGAGGGUGGGGGUGGCUUGUGAACUGAUCAGCGAUUAUGCCUGUUUUCUUCAUCUCUGUGUCUCUCCCUACUUCCCAGCCCACCUGGGCAGCAGAAUCUGACAGGAGGGAAGGUGCCACAGGUGAGCAUUUGAAACUAACAGGACUGAUUUUCAAAAGAAGUGGUUUGGGGAAACCAUUUAUUACAGGGAUGUUACCCCUACUCAAAGUAUUUCUUGGAAUGACCUUUGGAGUCUGUGGUGCCUGCUUUGGACAGCUGAACCCAUGCUCAUUCAGUACAGAGUCCGGUGAAUGAUGUCUCUGGUCAAGUGAGAUCACAGGGGCAAAGCUCAUGGACUGACUAGCGAGGAAAAUAGCUUGGAUUGAAUUGUGUGGCUUUGAAGCUGGCUGUGAAAGCAAUUUUGUAAUUUCGGAGAGCGCCUUGCGCGAUAUCCACAUUGUGGUAGUAAGCCGAUAGCUUGACUCCUUGGAGGACAUUAUUAAUUUGGAUGUGGAAAACUUUCAUUUGUUGGGAAAAAUCUGUCCUGUUACUUUCUGGUCCUCCCAGGUUCUGACCUUA